AAAAACAUCAGCAUCGCGGAACUGUCGCUGCCCGGAUCGCGUUUCCCGCUGGAGGGCGCGUCGGAUGCAGAUAUCGGUUCGAACGCCCAGCUCUCAUAUACACUGAGCCCCUCCGAGCACUUUGCUCUGGAUGUGAAAUCUAAAGACAAAAACAAAGUUUCCAUUGCCUUGGUGUUAACGCAUCCUCUGGAUCGGGAGUCGGUGUCGGAGCACCGCUUGGUGGUGACGGCGAGUGACGGGGGCAGGCCGGCGCUGACGGGCACGGUGCAGCUGGUGAUCUCGGUGCUGGAUGCGAACGACAACGCGCCGCAGUUCAACCAGUCGGUGUAUAAAGUGCAGCUGCCAGAAGAUGCCAUGCCGGGAACAGUUUUCCUGCAGCUAACAGCGACAGACAAUGACGAGGGAAUUAACAGGGAAAUCUACUAUGUCUUCGGUGAGACUGUUUCUGAGAACGUGAAGGAAUUAUUCGUAAUCGAUAAACUGUCAGGGAAAAUGAGUACUGCGGGACAACUGGAUUUCGAGGAUGUUCAGUCAUAUGACCUGGAGAUCGAGGCGAGAGAUAAGGGGACGCCUCCGUUGUCGGGGCACUGCAGCGUGGAGCUGGAGGUGCUGGACGUGAACGACAACGCGCCCGAGGUGUGGGUGACGUCGCUGUCGGUGCCGGUGCCCGAGGACGCGGCGCUGGGGACGGUAGUGGCGCUGCUGAGCGUGUCGGACCGGGACUCG